AUGAGCAACUUGGCGCGAGCGAAUCUUGCUGCCGUCGAACGAGCGCCGCGUCACGUGCCGCGAAAUAUCACCACCGGUGUCCCAACGCGCAAAGCGAAUGCAACCUCCGGCUCUCCUCGCUGCAUGGCCACCCCCAAGACACCGGUACAGCCCGAGUGCACGUUUCCGUGCCGCCACGUGGGAUUUGUCUUGGCUGGAUGGAGCCUGCGAUUUGCAGCACUCGCGCGCAGCUUCAGUGACAGCUUGAAGCUGCCUGCGAGUGCAGCGUGGACCACUGCGGCCGCGAGCCCUCGGCCGGCGGGGGAGGAAACUGCCGCCCGGCGCUCCAUCUCCCUCGUAUCUGAUACAAGGUCAAGUCGGUCCUCUGGUGACGAGCUCGCCAUCAUCCCGAGCGCGGCGAACCGAGCUGCGGCUGCGAGAAGCUGGCUUCAGCAGCCAGCCAGCCCGUCCAUCCAGCCCUGUCCUCCGCCAGGUCCAGGCAGCGGAGACAGCGCAACAGCAGGCACAUGGCGAGCGUCGAGCACUUUCGUCAACGAAGCAGCGACUACGGGCACCGGACGAUGUGCGGCACUGAUUGUACCACCGAACGGCCUGCCGACCCGCGGAACCGGUUUCGGUUUCGGUAACCCCUCUUUUCCGCCAAUGGCAACGCGUUCCCUCUUCAACUCGAUCUCGACUUUCACGGAAACCGUGGCAAAGACGCUGCGCUUGCUGUUUGUGCCGAGAUUCGGCCCGAGAAAGGGGGGCUGGAGCCGUGUUGUUGGGCGCGUCCAGAAAGCAAAAAGAGCGAGCGACCAGAGGGCAACAAGGUGGAGGCUGUGGCUGUUGGCUUGA